AUCCACAAAUGUCUCAGAAGCAGCCUACUGGCUGCACCCUUCUCCUCACAUUCCUGGGUCUGCCUGGGCUGAUUGGUGCAGUUACCAGAACGUACUACAUCGGGAUUGUGGAAGAAUACUGGAACUAUGUUCCUCAAGGGAAGGACGUUAUCACUGGGAAGAGUUUCUCAGAAGACAAACUCGCAACCCUAUUUCUCGGAAGAGGACCCGACAGGAUAGGCGGCAUCUACAAGAAGGCGGUCUACAGACACUUCACGGAUGGGAGCUACUCCACAGAGAUCCCCAAGCCCCCCUGGCUCGGGUUCCUGGGCCCCAUCCUGAGGGCUGAGGUGGGUGACGUGAUCGUCAUCCACUUGAAGAACUUUGCGUCUCGACCUUUCUCGCUGCACCCACAUGGCGUUUUCUACAACAAGGAUUCGGAAGGAGCCUUAUAUCCAGAUGGGACGUCUGGAAAGAACAAGGGUGACGACAUGGUCCCCCCUGGCAAAAAUUACACCUACGUCUGGCCGGUGAGGGAGGAGUACGCACCCGCUCCAGCAGAUGCCAACUGCCUGACCUGGGUGUACCACUCGCACAUCGACGCCCCUAAGGACAUCUGCUCUGGCCUCAUUGGGCCCCUGCUGGUGUGUAAGCAAGGCAUACUGAAUAGAUACUCAGGGACAAGGACUGAUGUGGACCAGGAGUUCAUUAUCAUGUUCACUCUCGUGGAUGAGAACCAGAGCUGGUACCUCGAUGAAAACAUCAGGCAUUUCUGCACUGACCCCAAUUCUGUUGACAAAAGUGAUGCUGUUUUCCAGAGAAGCAACAAGAUGCAUGCCCUCAAUGGAUUCCUUUUCGGAAACUUCCCUGAGCCUGAGAUGUGUGUCGGUGAAUCUGUGUCCUGGCACCUGUUUGGGAUGGGGAAUGAGAUAGACAUCCAUUCCAUCUAUUUUUACGGUAACACCUUCAUCACCAGAGGGCACCGGGCGGAUGUCGUCAACCUGUUCCCAGCCACCUUCCUCACAGCAGAAAUGAUAGUGGAGAAUCCUGGGAAAUGGAUGAUAACCUGUCAAGUCAGCGACCACCUGCAAGCUGGCAUGCUGGGACAGUACAAUGUUGGUAACUGCAGAAGUGAUAUUCCUCACCCCAAGAUGAGGGGUCGGCAGAGACACUACUUCAUAGCAGCUGAAAAAGUCCUUUGGGACUAUGGUCCCCUAGGCUAUGACAAGUUCAGCGGCCUUCCCCUGAAUGCCUCUGACAGAGAUUCUGCGCUGUACUUCACACAAGGGGAAAACAGAAUAGGAGGAAAGUAUUGGAAGGCUCAGUAUACAGAGUAUGUUGAUGCAACUUUUAGUAGAAGAAAGGCCCUCUCUGAAGCAGAAGCCCAUCUUGGAAUCCUUGGGCCAGUCAUCAAGGCAGAGGUGGGUGACACACUGCUAGUGACCUUUACCAAUAAAGCUGACAAGGUUUACAGCAUCUUACCCCAUGGUGUGUCCUAUGACAAAGCAUCCGACGCCGCCCCAAAUGUAGAUGGGUUUCUGAAACCAGGGGCUCAUGUCAAGCCAGGUGAGACCUUCACCUACAGGUGGACGGUGCCUGAAGAUGUCAGCCCGGCAGAUGAAGAUCCCCCCUGCCUGACCUACCUCUACUUCUCUGAAGUCCAGCCAAUCAAAGACACCAGUGCUGGCCUGGUGGGGCCUCUGCUGGUCUGUAAGAAGGGCUCCCUCAAUGCUGACGGGACACAGAAAGGAAUAGACAAGGAGUUUUACCUGCUGUUCACAGUCUUCGAUGAGAAUCUCAGCAGGUAUCUUGAUGAAAACAUUCAGAAGUUUACCUGGCGGCCCCACAGUGUAGACAAGGAGGACAAAGGGUUCGUGAAAUCCAACCGGAUGCACGCUAUUAAUGGCUACAUGUAUGGCAGCCAGCCGGGCCUCAGCAUGUGUAAGAAAGACAGAGUCUCCUGGCACUUGAUUGGGAUGGGCACCGACACGGACAUGCACGGAGUUUAUUUUCAGGGCAACACCAUUGACCUGCGUGGGACUCAUCGAGAUUCCCUGGCUCUGUUUCCCCACAUGUCCACAACGGUGUUCAUGCAGCCAGACCAUGCAGGUACGUUCAAGGUGUUCUGCUCUACCUUGCACCACUUCGCUCGAGGCAUGAGUCAGAUCUAUGAGGUCAGCAGCUGUGGCAACAGGGACCCUUCUGAGCCGCCCUACGGGAUGCUAAGAACCUUUUUCAUCGCCGCUGAAGAGGUAGAAUGGGAUUAUGCCCCUAACAAAAACUGGGAGUUCGAAAAGCAGCACUUGGACGCAGGAGGGGAAAGACAUGGAGAUAUAUUUAUGAACCACACUGAAAAUUGGAUUGGCUCUCAGUAUAAGAAGGUGGUUUAUAGGGAAUACACAAAUGGAGAAUUUGUGGAGAUCAAAGCCCGACCACCACGGGAGGAGCAUCUACAACUCCUGGGCCCAAUGAUCCACGCUGAGGUUGGUGACUCCAUCCUCAUCAUCUUUAAGAACAAGGCCAGUCGGCCCUACUCCAUCUCAGCCCAGGGUGUGGAGGAUUCCGACAGUGGGAAGCGCCUCGAAGUGCCCAUCACACAGCCAGGGGAAGUAAAAACAUACAGAUGGAAUGUCCCCAAAAGAUCAGGUCCUGGACCCUCAGAUCCCAAUUGUAUCCCGUGGGUUUACUAUUCAACAGUGAACUUCGUGAAGGACACGUACAGUGGUUUGAUGGGGCCUCUGAUCACAUGCCGAGAGGGGGUAUUGAACGAAAAGGGCAGAAGAAGUGAUGUGGACUAUGAAUUUGCUCUCCUGUUUCUGGUGUUUGACGAGAAUGAAUCUUGGUACCUAGAUGACAACAUCAAGAAGUAUCUCGGCAAAGACCCACGACAUUUCAAGCCCACUGAUGAUUUUGAAGAGAGCAACAAGAUGCAUGCCAUCAAUGGAAAGAUUUUCGGAAACCUCCCUGGUCUGAUAAUGACUGAAGACGCAAUGACUAACUGGUACUUGCUGGGACUGGGAAGUGAGGUGGACAUACACACCAUCCAUUACCAUGCGGAGAGCUUUCUGUUCAAAAUAGAUAAGUCUUACCGAGAAGAUGUGUAUGAUCUCUUUCCUGGGACCUUCCAAACCAUCGAGCUUUUCGCAGAUCACCCGGGGACAUGGCUCUUGCACUGUCACGUGUCUGACCACAUCCAUGCGGGCAUGGAGACCACCUACACUGUCCUCCGGAACAUAGACAACAGGGUUCCGUAUUCUACCAGGUCCCCUUCUGGUGCAGCAUCCAACCCGGCCACAGUGCCCUCCCAAGAACAACCUAGCACAGAGAACCUCUAUUUCUUUGGCAAGAAUCUGCGUCCAAGAGGAGCCAAGGCAGCUCUGAUCAUCCUUUUCAUCCUGGGACUCCUCCUCCUGGUCACCACUGUGAUUCUCUCCCUCCGACUUUGCUCUGCAAGAAGGCAGAUGGCUUACAGGGAGGUCCAGUCCUGCGCACUCCCCACGGAUGCUCUGUGAGCUGCCUGGUCUUCCUCUGCAGAAAAGGGUCAGGUUCCACAGUUGGCUGGACAGUGGCAAACAGGGACACUGGAUCAAGGCCAUGCUCACCAAGGAAGGUUGACACUGGAUCCUGGAUCUGUGUUCUGAGCUGCUGAAUGUCAUUCAAAGCAAUUUGCCUUUAUUUAUUUACUUUUUAAUGGGCUGUGAAUAAUCCCCAGGUAUAAAAAAAAAUACAGAACAGGAGCAUGCACUGGGUUGAGAAAUGCCGACCAUCAGUCUGUUCUAUGAACAACUCACUCAAGUGGGACACCCUCUGAAAGAUAUUUUCAUAUUCCAUUUUUUAUAGUUUUAAAUUAAAUAGCACUCCCUUUAGCUAGCCACUAAAACUUGUAGGCGAACAAUUUCCAGAAAGCAGUGCAGUGCCUCCGACAUGUCUGCCUGGAUCACACUGAUUCUCAACACUUGCACAAAACGAACGGUUCCUGAAGUUGUUCCAGGGAAAACAUUUUUGAGGAGUUCAUGGGAACGUCCAAGGCAGUGUGUGCUGAUGGGACUGGACCACAUGAGUCUUUGGAGGCUUCGGCAGCACCCCUGGUCUUUCCCCCUUUAAUAUAAAGAGCCCAUGCAUCUUUUGUCAUACAAGCCCAAGUUAUACGGUGUUUUAUUUAACUGCUGCUGUUUUUAAUGCAACCUAUCAAAAUACUUGAAUGUUUACAAUUCACUUCAUGUUACAUCUUUUUACAAUGUGUCUCCUUGGCAACCUAUGUAUUUUCAAACAUCAACUGGAAAACUUUUAUUUCAGAAUGCGGAAGAGUUGUGAAGGAACAGGCUUGACUUUCUCACUGUGAGUCAGAGAUUUCCUGUCUGGGCUAGAAUCUUGAGUCUGAUUUUUCAUACAGUUAAGGGACAUUUCCAUAUCUCCAUCUUCCAUGAAAUAGUUUCAUCACGCGAGAGAUGGAAGGAGGAAUUCGUCAGUGCAGCUGACUGGCUAGGAGGAAACAUGAUUUCUCAAAAGCCUGCAUUCCAUGCUUCUUAAAGAAAUAGCCCUUGAGAGGAGGAGAAGGGGAAGAAAAAGGAAAUGCUAGAAAAAGAGAGUCUCCACGGCAGCUUUUGAAACCAUUAAAUCAGCUCUGGAAGCAAGUAUGCAGUUGCCAAGACUUACUUGCAAACCCAAAACGUUGAACAACUAAACUAAGGGCAUGACACUAAGCACAGUCUCUGCAGGCAUGCCUAGACAUUAGAUGUAAGAUUGAUAAAAGCAACAUUGCUAUGAUUAGACUGGGAAUCUACCUUAGUUCAGGGCAAGUUGUCUUGGGAUGCUGUUGCCAGAUGUGUGACAUCAGACCACUGCCUUACCAGGCCCAUAAACACUGUGGUGGAGGGAUCUUUCAGACUUUCUUUUCUUCCAGGGGAGGGGAAAUGGGCAACUUGAUAGAAGCCAUAGUCUUAUGUAAAACAGAUGCAACUGCUAGUAGCGCUGUUUAUAGUUUUCUUGAAUGCCUUACCAAACAGAGUACCCCAAAGAUUUUGAAUUCCAACCUGCUGACCAUGGACAACGUGGUUCUGCAGCCCAGCACAGCAUGUGCUGUACAGUGUCCUUGCAAUUGUGGGCUGCAUAAUUAUGUGAGAAGCGUGGUGAACACCUUAUUUAUUACCUGUAGUA